UGCAACCUUGUAGCCUUUCUUAAUCCUGCAAUCACUCGCUGCUUUAUAAACCCAUUCUUUAUCUCGGACUUUCACAAAAAGGCUUUUGUCUACCCAUCGUCUUUGUUAACCCGACGUUGAUUUGGUGUAGCCGUUUUGGUACAGACAUUAAUUUCAACUAUGAGUGAUGAAGAGCAAGCACAUCACUUGAUGGAAAAUGUCGGGACUGUCUCUCCAUCAACACCGAAAAGACCUCCAAGGAUGCCAAAAUGCUCGCGGUGCAGGAACCAUGGCUUCGUGUCGCCUUUGAAGGGCCAUAAACGGUUUUGUAACUGGAGAGACUGCCAAUGUCAAAAAUGCAAACUGAUUGCAGAAAGGCAACGGGUGAUGGCCGCUCAGGUGGCUCUUCGCCGCCAACAGGCGCAGGAGGAGGAGAUGGGGAUCUGCAACCCAGUUAAUCUCUCAAAUGCUGAUAUCGUAGUAAAGAACGAACCUUCUGGAGAUAUGCUUUUUGCAGUGGGGGGAAGAUCGCCCUCGACUUCAAGCGCAGCCUCUUCUCCAUCUACUGUUGGCGGUCGCUCUGCGCUUCCCUCCAGCCCCAGUGCGGCCAGCAGAGGGCACUCUGAGGGCACCUCUGACCUGGUGGUGGAUGCCUCCUACUAUAACUUCUACCAGCCCACCCGCUACCCGGCCUACUACAGCAACCUCUACAAUUACCAGCAGUACCAGCAGCUCCCCAAUGGAGACGGUCGUCUGGCCGGCCACAACGUGUCCCCGCAGUACCGCAUGCACUCCUACUACUCGGCAGCCUCCUACCUGAGCCAGGGCCUGGGCAGUGCCACCUGCGUGCCCCCCCUCUUCACCGUGGAGGACAACAGCCUCUGCACCGAGCCCAAGGCAGCUGCAUACGUCCCUGGAGGUGGUCAAGACUCAGGCCUGGGCUGCCUGUCCAUCAACACCAUGGUGAACCCCGAGAGCAAACAGGAUUGUGAGGCCAACUCCGAGUCGGGCGCUUUCACUGUGGACUCCAUCAUCGACGGUGUCGCCAAGUAGACACCCGGCCAAACAGAAAAGGCACGUUGAAACCACUCAAAAAUCCACCUGUGAGUCUCACGUAACAUCAUCUCAAGAUUACAAAUCCAUGUGGAUUUUCUUGGCAAGUGCUUGAUAUCAACUGACAAGUUUUCUUUUGUAGUUCAUUGCUUUAUAAAGCCGAUUUUUAUUUCAGUUUGACUGUUUUCCCGCUAACUUCCAAAAGUAGAUCAAAGAAAGACUUAAUUGAAUUGUCAGUCUGUGACAUAGCGUUCUCUUGCUGAGAUAUUGCAGACAGAAGUUUAUAUAUCUGUUCUUUUACGGCUGCACUUAUUUUCUUUUUUGACAUAAAAAAAAACUGAGAACAAAUUUCCCCUCUGCGGCUCUUCUCUCUCUCCUCCUCCCUCUCUUCCUCUCUUCCUCUUCCUCUCUUCCACUCUCCCUUUCCUCCGCUCAUUCUCUCUGUCUCUCUCUCUCCCUCUCCCCUCAAACUCUUUGUACACAUACAGUACUUUCUGUUGGUUGAUGGUAUUGUAAAGAUUAGCUUUAUAUAUUUUUUUUCUUUUCAUUUCGGUGAUUGCAUUCCUGGGGCAUUUGUGUUUACAGUUUGUCAGGGAGAGUGAUGACGUGUCAAUAUUCCGACAUUGUGUUUAUACCAAAAUGGCAGCAUAGGUUAGUCUCCAAGGAGCUUUGAGAAAAUGAGACAUUGAGACAUGAAUUAUGCGUCCCCCUCUACUCCAUCUACAGCCCAACGAGUGCUGCUCUUAUUUAUGGGCGGCCGCGGACAGCAUCAUUUUCACCUGGAUGAUAUGCGGCGGUAUCUGCCUCCCGCGGAGCCUUGAGCUUGCUUUUUUGCGAACACACACACACACACACACACACACACACA